UUAGCUGAUUUUGAUUUCUUUUACAUCUUACAAUGACAAUUUAAAUUUCAAAUUUUGAAGCAAAAUGAGUAAACAACGAAAACGAUCAGGAAAAUUGCCUCCUACGAAUGGAAUUGGAAAGAAGUUGAAAAGGACAGAAAAUGCGAAAGAAAAGUUGACGAAAAACAUGAAGUUUUCAAUUUUUCACGUCCUGCUAUAUUUGGUGUAAUUAUUUUAUGUGUGACGUGCAUUAUCGUUAUGUUGAAUAAUAACCUAUAUUCUCACAGAGUAACACUUUUCACUUCCUCCAGCUCCAAAGAAGGAAAAGAUAAUAGCAUAAAAUCGAGAAGCAACCAAGAUACCACAUUUGAGGACUUCAAGCCUCAAACUUUGAACAAGUUGGAUGUCAAGUCAGGUGUUGUUUCAGAUGUAAUGUUUACAGCUAAGAUGCUGCAGUCAAAACUCAAAAGAACUGCAGUUCAAGCAUUUGUCUUAGAGGAUUUCUUAAGUGCUUUUGAAUGUGAUGCAUUGGCUAGAGCACAUGAUAAUCAUGUUAUGCAAACCUCACAACUGAAUCCAUUACUUUGUUUUGACUCAUUAAAUACAUUCAAGCUGAACCUUAAAGAACUUGGUAUGACAUUUGAAGUAAGUGAUAAAGAUUUUCUGGAAGGAACAACUUGUGUAAAUGAAAGCUUAUCCUUAUUAAUAAGAAAUCAUGGAUUAAAAUGGAGUAUGAGUACGUCAUUCUAUCCUGGGGAAAGUAAAUUCUCCCUGACAUUACAAGAAAGAAUAAAGUAUGCUACUGGUUUAUCAAUAGAAAAUGGUGGCAAGUUUCAAAUAACAUCAUAUCCAAAGAAUGUUGGUUACAAAAACCACACGGAUUGUACUGUGGGUGGUGAUACGAGGGAUCGUUAUGCAACGAUAUUGGUCUAUUUGAAAAACGUUGCUAAAGGAGGAGAAACAAAAUUUCCUCAACUGGGAUUGAGUGUUAAACCAAAAAAAGGACUUGCUCUUGUGUGGAACAGCAUGAGUGAGAAUGGCCGUUGUGACCCCACCUCCAUUCAUAACGCUGCCCAAGUUAUUCAAGGGCGUAAAUAUAUUAUGCAAAGAUGGUAUUAUUAUCACAACUUUCCAAGUCUUGGAAAACGAAUGCCCGAGCCGUCACUUCCUAAAAGAAAAUCUAACCAACCAAGAGUUUCGUGUGAUGAGUACGAAUUCGGUAGUUGCCGUUGGUAUGAUGAGUGGAACUUUGACCACAUAAAGGAAUAUGUUAGAAAUAAACACAGAUACAGUUGAUUUUAUAGCAUUUGUGGACAUUCCGCUUUUAAGGAUAUUUUAUCAAUCUGUGACUGAAAUUGCAAUGAAAUGUAGUAUUAAAAUAACACUUUCUAUUUCUAUGUUACGGUAGUGCGGGCCCUUCAUGUGGGGAUCCCCAACAAACAUCUUUAAUACGUAAUACAAAAAUAAGUAUUUUCAAUUAUACAUGUGACUUCAUCAGAAAUUCUAUCUAAAUUUUUUACAAGUAAAAUGGAAUAUAUAAUAUGGGUUUUUCUUUAAAAUUGAAAGGGAACAUUACUGUCCCUUUCAUUGUUUAUUCAUUUCAACGAAUCGACGUAUGUUUAAUUGAGCACAAUGUACAAGUAAAGUAAUUAUUACUUGUUUUAAAAGUAGCAGUAGAAAUAAACUAAACACUUUAAAACCAAAUAAAACGGCAAUGCUU